AAUUAAGAACUGAGCAGAAGUGGAGCUAAAAUUAUGAUAGUUGAACUUUCUAAAAAUUUAAGAAAAAUAAAAAUAUCUGUUUUUGGAGAACGUUAUUGUAAUUUUUUAAGUGAUAUUUAUUCUAAAUUUUGUAAUAAAAAAGUACAAAGUAAUCCUUACACAUCCCACUGAAACUAUGCGCAUUGAUAGAUUUAAAUGGAAUCAUUUAAUGAAACUUUUGAGAAAGCUAUUGAGUUCCUUUCUAUGAUUCAAACUGUAUGUGAAAGGAGACGCUCUCAAGUGGAGCAAUUGAAUUUGAAUUAUUAUACUAUAUACCUCAAGGACAGGAAAGAAGAAGUGAAACUCAGGAAAGAAAGAGAAUCUCAGAAGAAAUGUGAUUUAAAGAAAAUUGAGACUGAAGAAGAAAAAGCUGAAAUUGAUGGCUUGGAAGUGCUUGCUUUAGCAGAUUUAGUUUUACAAAAAGCUCAAGUUAUCAGAAGUAAAAGCAAAUUUUCAUCACAACUCUUAUCAACACUUACAACCACAUCUUCAGAAUCCAUCUUGUGUAAUGAGAAACAAAAUACAACAACUAUGAAGAUGACUAUCACUGCAGAUUCACAAAAUCAUAUGGCGUUACUUCGAUGUAACAGUGCCCCUAAUGCCUUUACUUCAAAAUUACGAAGAGGACUUCAGUCUAAAUCUGUUAAUGAUUUUACCUCAAAAACAGAACCCUGCACAUCAAGCUCUAUCUCAAACUCUAAAAAACAUCCUACGGCUCAAACUUUAUUUCGGCAGAAAAACACUUUGCUCAAUUCAAAUGUUGGAUGUAUAUCAAGCAAAAAUUUCAAAGAUUUGAAAUGUUUAACUGUAAAUAGUUCUCUUAAUCAACAUAAAAGAAAGGAUAAAAGUUCCAUCAAAGGUGAAACCAACUCUUCAGGUGCAUCUGAAAACCCACAUCAUCAUCCUCCUCCUUUGACAUAUCAAUCUUUUAAGCAGGAUCUAACCAAAAAAUGUUGUCUAAAAUCAAAUUUCCAAUUUCCAAGCAGUGGUUUUUGGUAUUCUUUCAUUAAUUUUAAAAACAAAGAAUCUCUUAUGGGUUUGUCUAAAUGCAACUCCACUGAAAAUUUCCGUAGAGUAGUGAAUCUAAUGUUUGAAAUUCAGGAAAUGAUGAUGUGGAUUGACCUUCUGAGUUUCAUUGGAGAUGAAAUCUUUCCAAGUUUAAAAUUUUUAAAGAAAAGUGAUAAGAAUGUUGUUCGUCUAUGUAGUUAUCUAUCAAGCAUUUACCAUGAAAGUCUUCAAAGAAAACCUAUGUUAAAUUUUGAUUGAUAAAAUUGAAUUAUUAUUAAUUUAUGUGUCAAUAUUGUUGAUAACUGUAUUUAUCUAUCCUAAAGUUGUACUAUUAUUAUUUGUUUGAAUUUAAUUUUUGUUGACAUUAUUUAGAUAUGUAAGGUAUUCAUAAUUAAAGUUUUAUAAAGUAUUGAACAGUAUAAUUUAAUGUUAUAAAUUUAGUCAUUUUGAAAUAGAAAUAAUUAUUCAUGACAAUAGGUGGAAAAGUUUGUAAAGAACUGAAUGAAAAAAACUGAAAAACUGGUUAAAUUGAAAGAAAAAAAUUUUUUUUCCUCACCUCCCUAUUACUUGACUUUUUGACCUAUGAGCCUUGAAAUAGUUUCAAAAUGAAACUUCCCUUACUUUUCCACAUCUUAUAUGAUACUCAUUAUGUCUUCAAAUAAAUUGUGCUUGCUCAAUCUUAAAAAAUGCUUCCAAAAUUUUGAAAUUUUCAGGCUGUGUAACGUGGCAAAUUCCGAGAAUUUCUGAGAAAUAUCACUGAAAUGUUUUAUUUUUAAGUCAAAUACAUUUUAAAUUCUUGACAGAAAGAUGAAUUAUUUGAUAAUUAUAAGUCUUAAUUUUUUUUAGAAGGAAAUGUAUUUCUCUCUCCCUCGUGUAAUUGUGUAAAUUCAUCCCUAGUGUAAAUUCAUUUAUUUAUUUAUUUAUUAUUUUAUUCCUUGCUGCCAAAGAAGUUUUUUCAGAUUUGCUCUGCAUUAAGAAAAACACAUUUAGUCUAAUUUGUACUAAUCUAAAAAUAAAAAAAAAGGUUUCUGCAUUGUGUAUUAUUGAAUGGUACAAAUAAGAAAAUAAUUAAUAGAAAGCAUUUUCGAAUGCACGCAUAAAUAUAAAUAAUAUUUUCAAUAAAAAAUUAAAUAAAAAUGUUAUGACAUGUUUUUAAAUACAUAAAUCUUUAGUAUUUAUUUAAUAUGAGAGUAUAUGAAAAAGUCUAACUUUGUUUUAACAUGUACUGUUAAAGUAUAGUUAAAAUUUGUGUACUUGAGUUAAUACCAUACCAUUUAUUUUUUUUUUUUGGGGGGAGGGAUUAAUUUAAGGAAAUAUUGUGAAAGAAGUGAUAUUGGAAAGUUCAGUAUAAAAAAGUGGAAAAAAUUGGAAAUAUAAACCACAUAUCAUUCAGAGCUUUUGUUCAUUCUAAAUGAAUAAAAUUUCAUU